UCAGUUUUUCAGAGUCAUCGCCAGAGUGCAGUUGAAAGUUUCUUGCAUUGAAAACAAGUGAAAGUAUUGUGUUGGCAACAGAUCAGUGAUCUAUUUUAUACAUUUCUGUUUUGUUUUUAUUUGUGCAAUUAAAUUUAAUAUUUAAUCAGUUGUUGAUUUUUUGCAUUUAAAUUAAUCUAUCUUGUCAUCGGUCACAAUGCCAAUUGUCCAAACAGUUUUGGGACCCAUUGAUCCAAAUCUCUUGGGUCGCACUCUCACCCAUGAACACAUCGCGCUGGAUUUUGAGGGUUUCCACUGUGACCCACCAGAGGAUUUCAAACCAUUUUUGGAGGGAAAAUUGCGUAUGGAAAAUUUGGGAUUUGUUCGUCAAUAUCCCUAUUCGAGCCGUGACAACACCCGAUUCUAUGAUGAGGAAACUCGUGUAGCUGUGCUGAAAGACAUCGAAUUGUAUAAGAAAUUUGGUGGUGGUACCAUUGUGGAAAAUAGUUCGCAUGGCUUGAAACGUAAUAUGGAAUUUAUGGUGGAGGCCAGUAAAAAGACGGGUGUCCAUAUUGUGGCUGGCACGGGACAUUAUGUCCAUGACUUGCAAGAGAAAGAUCAUGUCGGCAUGACUGUGGAGCAAAUGACAGAUUUAUAUUCCAAGGAAAUUAUCACUGGUGUGGAGUUGGAAGGUGUUGGCAUGGUGAAGUGUGGUUUUAUCGGCGAGGUUGGCAGUGUUUAUCCCAUUCAUGAUUUCGAAAAGCGCGCCAUUAAGGCCACCGGUGAGAUUCAGGAAGUCUUGGGUUGUGGUGUCUCCUUCCAUCCCGGUCGUGAUGCUGAGGCUCCCUUUGAAAUUGUCCGUUUGUAUUUGGAAGCUGGUGGUAAGGCAUCGAAAUGUGUGAUGUCCCAUUUGGAUCGCACCAUUUUUGAUAUUGAUCAGCUAUUGGAAUUUGCCAAAAUGGGCACAUAUAUUCAAUACGAUCUUUUCGGUACUGAAUGCUCUUUGUAUCAACUCAAUUUAACCGUGGAUAUGCCUUCGGAUGCCCAACGUAUUAAUAAUCUAAUGCGUCUGAUUGAUGAGGGCUAUGUGGAUAAGAUUCUCAUGUCGCACGAUUUGCAUACAAAACAUCGUUUGACCUCCUUCGGUGGUCAUGGCUAUCAUCAUGUCCAUAUGAAUAUUUUGCCACGCAUGUUUGCCAAGGGCCUGUCCGUGGAGCAAGUUGAACAAAUGACUGUCACCAACCCAGCCAAGUGGUUGGAAUUUAAUAUUUAAGAAGCCUUAACUGUCCUUGAUACUAAUGUGUAUAUUUAAAUAUUAAUUAUAUUUUAAAGGUUGUUUUACUCGAUUUAUGCUCCAUACUUAUAAUUAACCUCUUUUCAUUAUAUAUUUUGUAAAAUGUA